CGAUUUUUAUACUGUUAUUAUCUCUCGUCGACUCGUACUGCCGGCCGGGGGCGCGGUCGCCAUUGUUUCAACAUCUCUCUCAAGGUAAUCAACGCAAGGUACCAAAACCUUACGAGAUGUUUUUAUCAUGUCGACAGAUGGACGUAUGCGGCUGAAUGAGUUACCGGAAGUUACAUCAUUCUCCCUUUGUUCCCAGUCAUCAUCAAUUUCCAUCAAAAAGUCCUCUGAUAUAUUCAGCACAACCGCAGACUCCGCCCACAACAGCAAAUCUUCAACAGACCAAAAACGAGAACGGUUUGCUUCCCGACGACCCAGAUCUCUAAAAGAUAUUUUCUUUCGAUCAAAAAACCCCGACAAAAAUAGUUCCAUCGAAAAGGGAACCAGUGACACAAAGUCAAAAUUUUCAAAUAUUGUCUCAAAACAUAUUUUACCGUUCAAAUUUGUCAGAAAUCUGAGGACAGAGCUAACAAAACCUGAACGCCCUGACACUGCUUCCUGUCCAAACCUUGCUAAAAGAAACUCGGUAGAAACUCUUUCAGAAAAGCCCGAGGAAACUGUUGUAGCGCCCUUUACAAACACCCCGGACCAGGAAAGCCCGGAGGAGGCUAAGAUAAGCCCAUUUCCAGCAUCACAAUCGUUCCCCAAAAGUGACUACGACAAACCGCUAUACAAGUCAUUCCAAGACCGAAACCCUUUGCGUGUACAACAUCUUGCCAUUCCAAAGCAGAACAGUGAUUCAAGUACAAACAAAGGAAACUUUCCAGUAGCGGACAUAUUUACAACAUCUUUCACCCACUCAACAUCCCCAAAGAUAAACCAUUCUCUGUCUAAACUACAGUGCAAAAGUGCUCAAGAGCUACCAAAAAGUCCAAUUGUUGCCAUUAAACAAAGGUUGAUUCGAAGUUAUUCGGACACACCUCCGCGUUUAUCCAUAAAAUCACAAGGAAGUACCGCAUCGUUGAAAAUUCCUACCUGUCUCCAGUCGAGGAUGUAUCGAGACGACUGCGUGUCUCAGAUACUGGACUAUCUCUUCAUUGGGAGUAUCGAGGUUCCAUACAAUGAACCAAAACUAUGUCGCCUGAAGAUCGAUUCGCUGGUCGACAUCAGCAACUUGUCGUCUGCUCAAGUGCCUUCCUCUAAGAAGCUACACUGUCCAUGUCUUUGUGGACAUGAUAGUCGUCACUUUCGGUCGAGGCUGAUCAUCCGUGUCGAAGAUGACGACAAGGAAGAUAUAGAACAAUAUUUUUCAGAAAUUAAUAAAUUUAUUGACGGUGCUAGAAAAUGUGGGAAAAACGUGCUAAUAUUUAGUUACCAUGGAAACUCUCGUGCACCUGCUGCUGCAAUUCAGUAUUUGAUGAGCCACGAGGGAUUUCUCCUGCGACAAGCUUAUAACCUUGUGAAGAAUCAGCGGCCGUCCGUCGAUAUAAAUCAAAGAUUCCAAAAUUCACUUGAAGCUUUGGAACGCAGACUUUUUCCGGAGGCUAAGCCCUCUCUUCCUUUCAGCAAUGACUAUCUAAACAUCGCCGACCCUCAGGCGAUCAAGUGCGCAUGGGUGGACUGUUCGGACAUGUGAUUCAUGUUCUGUGUAAAAAAAAGUUUAUAUCUUGUCAAGACUGCUCUACUUGUCAAUGAAAGCGCUUUUUUUUAUAUGCAAUGUUUCUUCGCUAAAAAUAGCAUUCAUUCAUACAAGACAAUGAAAAUACUGAAGAAUAGCCACGUAUCAGAUUUCCAUCAGUCUCUAGGUUUAAUAUUGGUUAUAGAUGACAAUACUCUCAAAGGAAUUCACGACAGACUUCCUCAUGAAGAUUGACACCCCAGACACCUGCUUUUUUCAUUUCUUAAUUAAAAAGAAAAUACAUUUCAAAUUAUACAUGAAGUAAAGCAGAAAAGUACCGAAGAAAAACAUUAUUCGAGGAUUUCAGUUGUGUUUUUAUAUUUUCCCGCAUACUGUUAACAUUGGUUUUUUCUACAUAAAUCCAGUACACAUUAGUGUAAAAUACUUUAUUUUAUUAAGACCAAAUCUCUUGCCAU